GGAAAUUAGGACUUUAGUGCAGACCGCAAGAAAAUGUCUAAAGUGAACACUUUAUUCUCGUACUUUAACAAAAGCCCUGUUGCACAGAAGAAGAAAGAUGCCACCCCAAAGCCGGACGUGUUGACACCGAAACGAUCGCCGAAUUCAGCGAAAAAUGGGAAGAAAAGUCCGCCAAAGAAAGUCUCCAAAAUUGAGAAUGUGAUAGACAACAAAGUUCAUCAUCAACUUGAUGGUGUAUCUCUGUUUGAUGUUGUAUGGGCCAAACUUGAGGGUUACCCCUGGUGGCCAAGCCUAGUUUGUAAUCACCCGACCCAGGGGACCUGUAAAAAAGGGGGCAAAUCUCCUCAGGUUCAUGUCCAGUUCUUCGAUGACCCGCCAUCCCGCGCCUGGGUCAAAAGCAAAUUCGUGAAACCCUUUGCUGGGAGUGAUGAUAAACAAUGCAAACAAGGUGGUCAAUUUUUCACAUGGGAUAAGAAAUGCCAAAAGGCUGCUACAGAAGCAGACAAAGCCCAGUCAAUGUCUGUCGCUGAUCGUGAGAACUUGGUGGUGGUCCUGGACCCGUCGGAUGAUGAGGAUGGGGAAGGGAUGGAGAUGACAAUGUCUGAUGAAGAGUUGCUGGCAGCGGCCGACAAUAGUAAAGAAAACAGCAUGAACUUGUCUGUCAUUUCGGCAGGUGGACCAGAGUCUGCUGAAAAAAACCGAAGACGAACAAGACAGAGGAAUGGAAAGCCAGCCAAACGACGCCGAAUUGUUGUAGCAGCAGACAGUGACGAAUCAGGCGAUGAAUUCAAACCCCCCUCUGAUGAUGAUAGUGAAAGUGAUAGUGGAAGCAGUGGGGUGGAUGAAAAUGAAGUCUCGUCACCUGAAUCAGCAUCGGAAGUGGACUCUCCAGUCAAGGUAAAUUCGAGAAAGAGGAAACGAUCAGCAGGCACAAAAUCUGAGAAAAAGUCCUCCCAGGAAAGUCUUGAGUCGUUUUCUGCCUCGUCAACUCCUCGCCGAAACACCAACUGCUCCCCAUCAUUUACCCCAACAGUCGGAGCUAAAACAAAGUCCAAAUUGGCCUCUUUCUCGGCACCAGAAAUGAGUUCAAGCCCUGAAGGGGAGACAACAACUGUUUUCAAGCAUCUUCAGCUGGAGUUCCUGAAGCCAGACAAGAUCAGGGACAAGGACAGAAGAUUGCGGACAGACCCUGAAUAUGAUCCCAGAACUCUCUACAUUCCGGAUUCCUUCCUGAAAGACACAACACCUGCCAUGCGUCAGUGGUGGGAAAUCAAACGAGCUCAUUUUGACACAGUUUUAUUUUUUAAGAUGGGAAAAUUUUAUGAGUUGUUCCACAUGGAUGCGGCUAUCGCUGUCAAUGAAUUAGGUCUGAUCUACAUGAAGGGAGACUAUGCUCACUCUGGCUUCCCGGAGAUCGCUUAUGGUCGCUAUGCUGACACGCUCAUACAGAAAGGCUACAAGGUUGCCAGAAUAGAACAAACAGAAACGCCCGAAAUGAUGGCGGAAAGGUGUAAAACUAGUGUAAAAACUACCAAAUUUGACAAAGUUGUGAAGCGUGAAAUCUGUAGGAUCACAUCCAAGGGGACAAAGACUUUCAGCUUUAUCGACGGAGAUACAAGUGAGGCUCAGAACAACUACCUGCUGGCGGUGGCUGAAAAGGAGGCAUCCCAGAAUGGCCUGAGCUUAUUUGGGGUUUGUUUUGUGGAUACGUCCAUCGGCACCGUACAUAUUGGUCAGUUCUCAGAUGACAGGUACUCGUCACGUCUGCGUACCUUGAUUGCACAUUACACACCUGUGCAGAUUCUGUUUGAGCGUGGGAAAAUGACUAGUCGGACUCAUCAGGUGCUGAACUCCAAUCUGACCUCCGUUAUAAAGGAAGGUUUGACAUCUGGCACAGAAUUUUGGGAUAGCAGCAAGACCCUGAAGAAACUGGCAGAGGCGGACUACUUUACUGAGGAAGGACACACAGGUGUGAAAUGGCCAGGUGUCGUUCAGGAGAUGAUCUCAGAAACUGACUCUCUGGGAUUGUCGCCAGCGGACGGGUGUGACUUGGCUCUCAAAGCACUGGGGGCCAUCACUUGGUAUUUGCAGUAUUCAUUGAUGGAUGAUGAAGUGCUGUCUAUGAAGAAGUUUGAGAAGUACAUCCCCGUGGAUGCUGCAGAAAAGGUGGAGGACUCUGUAGCUGAUUUCACCAAAGGCAGACAGCACAUGGUCAUAGAUGGAGUGACCUUGACAAACCUUGACAUCGUUGACCUGGGGUCAGAAAGAGGUCAAGAGGGCACGCUGAGUCAACAGUUGGAUCGCUGCUCUACUCCUUUCGGGAAGAGGCUGUUCCGUCAGUGGUUGUGUGCUCCUCUGUGUAACCCCAAAUCCAUCAAUGAUCGACUGGACGCUGUGGAAGAUUUGAUUGGUCGGCAAGAAGUGGUUGUUGAGGCAACGGAAAUACUUAAAAAAUUACCAGACUUGGAGAGGCUUUUGAGCAAAAUUCAUAGCUUGGGUUUACCAAUGAAGGGAAAGAAUCACCCGGAGAGUAGAGCCAUUCUCUAUGAGGAGGUCACAUACAGUAAAAGAAAGAUUGAAGAUUUUCUGUGCACAUUGAGUGGGUUUAAAGCCGUCCUCAGUAUGGUGAAACUCUUCAAGGCUCACACAGACAAGUUUAAGUCGAAGCUGUUAAGAAAGACUGUCACGAUAGCGAAGGGAGAGAACCCUGAAGCUUGUUUCCCAGACAUACAGGAGGAGUUAGCUGCCUUUGAUGAAGCGUUUGAUCACAACAAAGCAAAGAAAGAUGGUGUCAUCAUUCCAACCUCAGGUGUUGAUGAGGAGUAUGACAGUGCCAAGAGCAAAAUCAAAGCAACUGAGAAAGAACUGGAUGCUUACCUCUCACAACAACGACAACGUCUAGGCUGCCAGUCAGUUACUUACUGGGGAAGUGCUAAGAAUCGAUAUCAGAUGGAAAUCCCCGAAAAUGUGGCCAAGAAAGUUCCGGACGAAUAUGAACUGACGUCAUCGAAGAAAGGCUGGAAGAGAUAUCGCACAAAGUGGAUUGAAGAGCUGUUAGCGGAGCUCUCUGAUGCUGAAGAUAAGAAAGAUGCGGCCUUGAAAGAUGUCAUGAGGAGAAUAUUUCAUAAAUUUGAUCAAGGCUACACAAUAUGGGAGAGAGCUGUUCAGUGCGUGGCUGUCCUGGAUGUUCUCAUCUCAUUGGCCAAUUAUAGCCACUGUGGUGACGGACCACUCUGCCGACCUGAGGUUGUCUCCCCUGGUAAAGGUACCAAGCCAUUUUUAGAAAUAAGAGAGGCUCGCCAUCCUUGUGUGACCCGAACGUUUGGAGGAGGGGACUUCAUCCCUAACGACACUGUUAUCGGCAUUGCCGAUGAGAAUGAGAUGGAUACCGAUGCUGGGGAUGGAGAGAGCAGUGUUGUCUUGGUUACGGGUCCUAACAUGGGCGGUAAAUCAACACUGAUGAGACAAGUAGGACUGAUAACUGUGAUCGCUCAGAUGGGCUGUUACGUACCUGCUGAGAAGUGCCUUCUUACACCUGUGGACAGAAUCUUCACCCGGCUGGGGGCCAGCGACAGGAUCAUGUCAGGUGAAAGUACAUUUUUUGUGGAGUUGAGUGAGACGUCAGCCAUUUUGCAGCAUGCCUCUCCUCACUCCCUGGUCCUGGUGGAUGAAUUGGGGCGAGGAACAGCUACCUAUGAUGGUACAGCUAUCGCUUGCGCCGUCGUUCAUGAGCUGUCCUUAAAGACGCAAUGUCGGACUUUGUUUUCCACGCACUAUCACUCAUUGGUGGAGGAGUUCUCACAUGACCCGAAUAUUCGCCUCGGUCACAUGGCCUGCAUGGUGGAAAAUGAAAAUGACGAAGACCCAAGCCAAGAAACCAUCACGUUCCUGUACAAGUUUGUUAAGGGGGCAUGUCCAAAGAGCUAUGGGUUUAAUGCUGCUCGAUUGGCUAAUUUACCAGAAGAGAUCAUCCAGGUGUCGCAGAGAAAAGCUAAGGAGUUUGAACAAAGUGUGGAUAACCUGAGGCUGCUAAGAUCGGUGUGGAAGACGAGAGAGAAGAGCCAGCUUUCAAGCCUGCAGUCUCAAAUUAGGGUGUCGUGAUAUGGGUGGGUGGGUGGG